GACAAUUUGAUUUGCUUUUUUGUUCUUCAAUGUUAUUCAUAUGCUUUCACUUGGAAUGAAAGUUGCACGUGUGGAAUUAUAAAGUUAUAAUUAUAUAUUAUAUUAAUUUAUAUAAAAUUCAUUAAAUUGUCCAUAAUGACAAUACAACUUGAUAAAAAGGGUUUAAUGUCCCUAAUGCGCACAGAGAAUGAGCGUAUUAUGGAUAUGCUACUUACUUAUAAUGUGCCGGACUCAAUUGAAGACAUCGAAUAUGAUGAUUAUCUGCUGAAUAAUGAAAAAUCUGCUGCUAAAGCCAAAAAUGCGUUGGAUGCCCGAAAAGCAACACCUAUUGACGAAUUGCAGGAUCGUCUUAAUAUUAUCAAAAACAAGAUGAAAACCAAAAAGCGUCCAGCGUCAGAGGGGUCACAAAAGAGACGUGAAGCGAAAAAGCUGAGAAAAAAUAAAGAAGUUAAAAAAAUAUUAGUCUCCGCUGCGAAAUCUAUGAAAAACGAGAAUCAGAAAUUUGCAAAUGUAAGUGGGGGUGACAAAGAGGACAAAAAAGAUAUUAAGAAAGUCCUACCAAAACCAGUCUUUAAUGAGGAAGGUAAAAUUGUAUUUUCUAAAUUUGAUUUUGCGUCUCAUCCCGGAGCCAAAGUGAAAAAAUCGCAUCAAAAUCCUCGUGAGAUUUUGAAGAAAAUAAAGCAAACAGAUAAAAAAAUAAACGAACUCAAAGAACAAGGCGAAGUGGAGAAAGCUUCUGAAAUAAAAAGUGAAAUGGCUUGGAAGAAAGCCUUUGAUAAAAUUGAAGGCAAAAAAGUAAAGGACGAUCCCAAAUUGUUAUAUAAAGCCAUCAAAAAACGAAAGAGCGAGAAGAAGAAAUCGAAGAAAGAUUGGGUGGAACGUAAACAAAAGGUUGAAUCGGGCAUAGAACAGAGACAAAAGAAACGGCAAGAAAACAUCAACAAACGCAUCAAGGAUAAAAAGACCAAGAAGCAAAAGAAGUUAUCCAAAAAGGGGCGGGUUAUACCCGGUUUCUAAUAAAGUUAAGCAGUUAUUUUUAAGUUCAUAGUAUAAUAAAUAAAAAAUAUAUAAAGCUGA